AGCAAUUUGGGACAUUAGUCCUUACUCUGAACAACCAAAGGUCGCAGAGGGUAUCAUCAGUUAUUUGAUUCCCACUGAACCAGAAAAUGAUGUUCCCACUGAACAACCACAUCUCCUAAAUGAUGUUCCCACUUAACAACCACAACUCCUCACUGAUAUUCCCACUGAACCACCACAAAUCGUCAAUGAUAUUCCCAAUGAACCACCACAAAUGCUCAAUGUUGUUCCCAUUGAACCACGCCAAGUCCUCACUGAUAUUCCCACUAAACCACCACAAAUCCUCAAUGAUAUUCCCACUGAACCACAACAAGUCCUCAAUGAUGAUCCCAAUGAUGGUAUAGAUGCUAAACCACAGAUCAAUAUUGGUCAACUUGAGGACAUUCAUGAUGGACAAGCACAAGACCCUGAUGGUAUAGAUGCUAAAGAAAAAGGCACUAAGGAUAUUGCCAUUGACCAACCAAAAGACACUACAAGGCAGAAGAGGGUUGUGAAAUGCCCAGAUAAGUUUACUCAUUCUGACAAAAAAUUAAACACAAGGAAGGCAAAGAGCAGAAAAGGACCACAGACAUCUAAACAGAAAGCCACAGAUGGUGGUGAUGACAAUUCGCAACCCAACAAUGUGGAGGCCGAAUCUGGCAUGGCAGAAACUUAUCCCAAAGGGUCGAAAUUAGCAUUAGCUGUUGAGAAUGUGGAGUUGUUUUUAGCACAAGUAACAGACAGCCUAUUUGUCAGUUUGUUGAAGAAAGAAUAUGACAACCACUUGGGAAAAAGGAAAACCAUUGCUGAAGCAGCAUUGAACACUUCAAUACUGAAACCAAUCCUAGGGGCUGUGCCAGAAUUGGGAGGACGCUGGGCAGAGUGCAAUUACGUUUACAUGCCAAUCAACACUGGAAACCAUUGGAUACUGGUUGUGCUUGACAUAUCAAGGAAAUGCAUCAGACUGUAUGAUUCUAACCACAAGGGGAAGACCAGUCGCCACACAAAACCAUACCUUCCAUGUAUACAGAUCUUACUGCCAACGGUGAUGGACAAACAGGAAGUGUACAAGGAGCGAAAAAUGCCUGAGAUGGGAGAUGAUGUGCUAGGCAUUGUGAACGUAAAUGGUUGCCCACAACAACCGGACGCGGUGAGCUGUGGCGUAUUUGUUGUAAAGAUGGCUGAGCAUCUCAUCAUGGGAGUUGAAGUGGAUGAAGUGGAUGUUGCAGGCAUUGAGACUUUCAGGAAAAAAAUUGCAACAGAGCACCAGUUCCGAACCACUGUCAAGGGUACGAUGACCAUGGCCACAUACUGUCAAACCCUGUGGAACAUUGCCGAUUGGUUGGAUGACAUUGACGCCCCGGUCUCUGAGUCUCAACUCGUGCUUCAAAUGCUUCGGGGGCUACCCGAAGAUCUCCAGGCUCAGACAUCGUUCUUACAAUUCCAACAACCGCUGCCCAACUUCCUUCAGACCCGAUCCGCCCUCCUGCUCCUAGGUCAGCAACGGCAGAGCAUCGCGGACGACGCCAGGACGGUCUUCCUGGCCGGCCGAACCGGCGGCCCACCCUACGGCACCAGUAGUGGCGGCUUCGGGCGUGGCAGUGGAGGGCCUGGCAGCGGCAGUGGCGGCCUCGGACAGCAGGGGCGCAGAUCCGGUCGUGGUGGAGCUUCCUCUGAGUCUCUCCUUCAGCGCCUCACUGAGCGCCUUAAGGGGGAAUUUGCUAUGACUGACAUGGGCGACCUUCAUUUUUUCUUGGGCAUCAAUGUUCACCGGACAGCUCAUGGUCUCUUUUUGCAUCAGACACAGUUCAAGCACGACAUCCUUGAGCGUGCCGGCAUGAUCACUUGUCGUCCCAUCUCCACUCCGGUCGACACGAAGGCCAAACUGUCUGGCACAUCAGGCUCCCAGGCGGCCGACCCAGCUCUCUAUCGCUCCAUAGUUGGAGCCCUCCAGUAUCUCACAUUCACUACGCCAGACAUCUCUUACUCUGUUUAGCAGCUCUGUCUCCAUCUACACGCCCCCCGGGAUGCCCACGUCACGGCUAUGAAGCGCGUCCUACGCUAUCUCCGUGGCACCUCCACCUACGGUAUGACUCUA